AGUGGCGCCCUACAUAUCCGUUAUCAUUACUAUCGGUCACUGCUGUGUUUCUAAUGUGAGGACAGAAUAAAAUCGGGUGAGGAGUACUGUUAUAUCACGCCGGGCCCUAAAUCAGGAGCUUUCGGCUCACGGUCGUUUAAUAAGCCUUGAUAUCACAUAUCAAUAUCUAUGUUCGAUUUUUUUGUUCUCUUUCAUUUCUGUGCUAAUCUUUGAACCUUUCGUUGCAGGCCCCUUGGUGGGCAACGUGCUCCGAGUGCGGCGUUGCUGCAGGCGGCGGCUCGGAAAUGGUAACAAGAGCUGGCUUCUAACCGGCGUAUCCUCCUGAUUCGACUGGAAUACCGAGCUGGAGUUGCCCGCUGAGGACGGACCUGGAGCCAGCGACAUGGACGGCUUCGCCAACGGCACGUGGUCAUCGCCCGAGGAUCUGUGCGGUGACGCGGAGCAGAAGGCCAACCUGAGCGCGCUGUGCUCGCUGCUGCGCAACCUGUCUCUCGAGGCGCGACCGCUGCUGCGGCAGCCGCGCGACCUGCUCGUUAUCCUGCUCUACGGACUCGUCGUGCUCGUGUCGGUGUUUGGUAACGCGCUCGUGUGCCACGUGGUGUUCUACUCGCGCAAGAUGCGCACCAAAACAAAUGUACUCAUCGCCAACCUCGCCGUGUCCGACCUUCUCAUGACCACGCUGACAAUCCCGCUGAGCGCGGCACGGUUCCUGCUCGACAACUGGCCAUUCGGCGAGGCACUAUGCUACCUCGCUCCAUUUCUGCAAGUGACGUUCGUGUACGUGUCGACGCUCAGUAUGGCGUGGAUUGCGUGCGACCGCUACAGCGUCAUCGUUUACCCGCUGCGCCUGAGGCGCCUCUGCCCGAGCCACCGGGCCAUCGCGUGCAUCUGGACGCUGGCUGGCGCACUGUCGUUGCCGCACGCCGUCUUCAAUCGGGUCGUGUCACUGUUCACUUACCGACCGCUGGUGCGCUGCCAGGUGCAGUAUCCGCCACCGCCAGCAGAGUUCCGCAAGUGGCUCACUCUGGCCACCUUCCUCACUCAGUACGUGUUGCCGCUUACGCUCACCGCCCUCAUGUACAGCCGCGUGAGCUACGCGUUGUGGUCGCGCAAAGCGCUGGGCGCGCUCACGCGCGAGCAGCAGGCCUGGCACACACGCUCCAAGCGCAAGUCGCUCAAGAUGCUCGUGCUGGUAGUGUUGUGCUUCGCCGUCUGCUGGCUGCCGCUGAACGUGUAUCACCUCGUGGCCCACUUCCGUGCCGAUGACGGGCCCGACCGGCACAACUCGAGCCUCUUCAUCUUCUUCCACUGGCUUGCCAUGAGCAGCGUCUGCUACAAUCCAUUCAUCUACUGCUGGCUCAACGAGAAGUUCCGCCAGGGUGCGCUGGCCUGCCUCACUUGCAUGUUGCAUUGCACGCACCGCAGGCCGCUACAUCAGUCGCUCAUGAAGCCAGCAUCCCUGGCUAGCCGAGGUCAAUCGACCAAGCGCAGCUCGACUAUGCGAAGCACAUCCAUGGGCUCCACCAACAAGACUACUUCGGUAUGACUGAGCGUACUGGCGGGCCCCGUCUCGUAUACUGUAUUGGGGAGGCGGUUUUGCUGUCAGAAGAUGGUAGCGAGCGGUCAGCGAAAGCAAGUCGUGUCUUAGCAGACGCAGCAAACCGGCAGCGGUUUUUACGCGAUUCAAAAGUGUUCUUAUUGCACUGGAGAAAAGUAUAUAAAACA